AUGACAGAUUAUAGACCUGAUCAACAUUUCCCUGUUUUAUUACCUCCUUAUACUGUGUUGUUGAAGGAUGGUGAAACCACGGCUACAAUUUAUCCAAUUACAAAUAAUUUUCAAUUACCACAAGGUUUAUUAGCAUUUUUAGCUGAUGAAUUUAAUAUGGAAAUUGAAAGAGGUGAUACUUUCCCAUUUUUUGAUACUUUAGAUAUUGAAGAAUUUAAAAAUUAUUGGUUUGGUGCUUUUGCUGCUGUUAUGGUUCUUGGUGAUGAACCUCAAUUAGAUCGUCAAAGACAAUGGGAAAAAGAAUGUUUAGGUACUUUUUUCAUAAAAGCUAAUUUCCCAGGUCGUGCAUCUCAUAUUUGUACUGGUGGAUUUUUAGUUAAUGCUGGGAUUAGAGGUAAAGGUAUUGGUAAAACUUUAACUGAAUGUUUCUUAGAUUGGGCUCCAAAAAUUGGUUUCACUUCUGCUGUUUUUAAUUUAAUUUUUGAAACUAAUGUUCAAACAAGAAGAAUUUUUGAAUCUUUAAAUUUCAAAAGAAUUGGUAAAAUUAAAUCUGCUGGUAUUUUAAAAGAUCAUGAAGUUGCAGUUGAUGCUAUUAUUUAUGGUAAAGAAUUGGUUCAUCCAACUGAAAAUCCACAGGGAACUUAUAGAUUUGAUAAAAUUAAAUAUUAUUUGGAAACUGGUAGAUAUCCCCCAUUAACUGAUAGAUCUGAAAAAUCAAGAUUAAGAUCAAAUGCUUCUCAUUAUAAAUUAAUCAAUGGUAAAUUGACUUUAAAUGGUAGAGAAGUCAUACCAGAUCCAAUUAGACAAUUACAAAUUUGUACCCAAUAUCAUGCUGUUUCUCAUGGUGGUAUAAAUAAGACUACUACUGCAAUUGCUGACCGUUAUCAUUGGACAAGAAUUAAAGAUACAGUUGCUCAAGCUAUAAGGAAUUGUGAUGAAUGUAGAGAUCCAAUGAAAUCUUUAGCUGCAAAGAAGAGAAGAGAAAAUAUUAACGUGGCUAAUAAUAAGAGACGUCAAAAAUUACAAUUACAACAACAAGCUCAGCAACAGCAACAAGUUCAACAACAACAUGCUCAACAGCAACAAGCUCAACACAACCACCAUCUUCAACAACAACAACAGCAGCAACAACAUGCUCAGCAUCAUCAACAAUCACCUGUUGAAUCUCAUCAUGGUAGUUUGAAAAGUACACCUCAUCAUAUUCAAACUUCAGAUCAUGAUGAAGAUCCUCAACUUCAUCAUCAACAACAACACCAUCACCAUCAACAACAGCAACAACAUCAUCAACAACACCAUAACAUUGAUCAUACCCAACAAGAUAUUGAAGCUAUUGUAGCUGCAUCAUCACAUUUACAUCGUACUGAUUCAAGUUUGUUACAAGCUGAUUUAACCAAUUUAGAUGAUCCAUCAGGUAUUUUUGCUGCUGUGGAAGCAGCUCAAAGAUCAAGAGGUGUUAUGCAACAUGAUUAUACUCAGGAUGAUCUAACACCUAAUCAUCAUCACCAUCAUCAACAACAACAUCAUCAACAACAACAAUCUCAUGAUCAACAAAAUGAUGAUAAUUUGGCAAAGGAAUAUAGUGAUAAAAAUUUCUAUGCUCAACAAAGUCGUCAAUUCGAAAAUGGUUUGAAUCAUUAUACAAAUUCAAAUAAUAAUGAAAAUGAUAAUGUUCAACAAAAUGAUGAUAUUCCUGUUGAUCCUGAAGUUUCUGCAUUUGAUGAUAAUGGACAAAAUGGUGAAGAAAUUGAAAUUGCAAAAGCUUUAAUCCAAGCUAAUGAAAGUGUUGAUGAAUCAGGUAAUGGUCAAGAAUCAGAUGGUAAUGACUUAUUCAAUUGA